AUGCGUGAGGUCCGAUGCCCGAAACAAGCUCGCGAAUAUGAUUUGUACUACAUCACGCAUAAGAAAGAUGAACCACGAAUCGCGGGUGCAAUUAUCGGGGUACUGGCCUUCUCGUUCGGAUUUCUUUUCAUGCUCGUGUUUGUACCCUGGGGACGAUGUCGGAAAAAUUGCAGCCGAACCAAUCGGGACAAUACGUCCGCGGUGGAAAAUCAGCGCUCUCCUCCCCCGUACUACACCCUGAUCAGUGAACUGUUAACCAUUCCCUCAGCCAAUUCACCCACGCUACCCACCUACGAGCAAUGUACUCAACAAACGCUUCCGCCCUCGUUCGAGGAAACUAUUGCUUCUGACCUGGAAGAAGCUGCACCGCCGUACACUCCACCGGAAACGGGAACACCCACCUCUGAAGAGCUUCCGCAACCGUCACAGAGCCAAGUGACACCACCCAGUUCACAAACCCCUCAGCAGGAAGCUCCUCAACCGUGUUUGGAUAUGUGUCUUCACUGUUCCCUACCUGAGUCACCUUCCAAUGGCCUUCCCCCACCUUACGUAUGA